AUACAAGUGCCGAUUCUCGGCGGCACUUUCCUCACGCUGUCAGAUCGUGAGGAAAGUACUGCCGAGAACCGGCAGUUGUCAGUGCGGAGAUCGGCACCGAUCAUCAGGGCACUGAUGAUCAGUGCCCUGAUGAUCGGUGCCCAGCAGUGCCACCCGCAAGUUCCGCCCACCUGUGCCCAGCAAUCACCCACCUGUGCCCAGCAGUGCACCCACCUGUGCCCAGCAGUGCACCCACCUGUGCCACUCUGCAGUGUCACACACCUGUUCCCAGAAGUGCCACCUACCUGUGCCCAGCAGUGCCACCCACUUGUGCCCACCCACCUGUGCCCACCAGUG